AUGUAUCCGACGCCGCCGUUCAGAUAUAACGACAUGGAGGAAAAUAUUGCGUUGUGGAUGCUAUAUGGCGCGCCAAAAAGCGGCUCCAUGCUGCUGUACAGUCGAAAGAAGGUCCGGUACAGGCGCGAUGGAUACUGCUGGAAGAAACGGAAAGACGGAAAGACAACCCGAGAAGAUCACAUGAAACUGAAGGUUCAAGGUACCGAGUGCAUUUAUGGAUGCUACGUACACUCUGCCAUUUUGCCGACAUUCCACCGAAGAUGUUACUGGCUAUUGCAGAAUCCAGAUAUAGUACUAGUUCACUAUCUGAAUGUCCCGUACCCCGAUGACAACAAGCUGGCGACGGUGGCACCAAGUUUGGCGCUGUGGGCCGACAAAAAAGAAUGGACGAAAGAUGAACUAGUCAGCCAGUUGAAACCUAUGUUCUUCAGCGAAGAUGAACCGGAUCUUAAUAGCGAUUUGGAAAUAUCAGGGAAAAUGUUUCAGACGACGGAAACCGUGGAAGCGAUUGUGGGGCAAUUAAUGGAAAAACAAAGAGCAGCUCGAGCAGCAGCAUUGGCUAGGCAAUUAGAAUGUGGUUGCCCUGAUUCAACUUGUCAAGAUUCAAGGACAUGUGCUCAUCCCCUGCGUCGUAUCCAGGCAUCGAAACCACCAGCAUCGGACCACCACGUGUCCUCUACAACUGGGCCCUCACCUCGACCUAUGGCACAACCCCCACGCCAAUACACAAGAGAUCAUAGGACUUCCACUCAGUCGUCCCCCUUGUUAUUAUCAUUGGGACAGAUACAAGGAGGUGGAGGUUUACUAAUCUUGAACGGUACUAGUAAUGGAGGUCAACAGCAUUCUUCCUUAGUAUCACCAUUGUCAGUAACUUCGUUUGUUUGUGAAGAGCCAAGAGACAGAUACCGUCAACAAUAUAAACCCACUUUUGUAUUAAAAAGGGAAAUUCCGGAUAACCUGCCAAAUACAUGUAUUAAUAAAACAGAAUCGACUUUCGAAGUAGAAACACAGGUAGAAGAGAAAGUGAAUAUAGAAAUUUUUGAUAGGAAAAUAAAGAUGGAACCGAGAAGUCGUGGCCACAUGAUCGCAAGCGCACCGGCGACGCCAUCUCGAUACCCAGAUCUUCUAGAGCGUUUAGAGAAUAAAGUGCAUAUAGAUAACUGUGAUGAUACGUUAGUUUUGUUAGGAACAGAUGCGCAUUUAGAAUCAUCUAGUGGAUUUUUUGACGAGACGUUAGAGUUAUCGCAUGAAGAUAUUCAAAAAACGUUGUCAGCGAAUAUGCCAACGUGUGAAUUAGAUAGAAGUGUAGUACGGUCCACGGAGACCGCUAAUGUAAUGGUGUCCGGUAUUGAUACUAUGGACUUUAUAGAGAGUUGUGAGGCUGUAGCGUCACCCACGCAUGUGGUAGAUGACAAUGUAUUUGUCAAUUUGGAUGCUUUCGACAUGCUAGGCGAUUUUCCUGAACUGGAAGUACUAGAUCCGAGCUCAAUUUCCACGAAUCCUAUGUCCUUAUGUGGUAAUUCACCGUCUGACAACCAAGAAAAGAUGCAGACUGAUAGUAAUAAUGAGCGAGCAUUAAGUAUCACUGAUUACUCUCCGGAAUGGGCGUAUCCAGAAGGUGGUGUUAAGGUACUAGUCGCGGGACCUUGGACUGAGACUUCUGAUCAAUACACGGUUCUGUUUGACAAUUUUCCAGUACCAUCAAUAUUGGUUCAAAAUGGACUCUUGAGGUGUUAUUGUCCAGCGCAUGAGGCAGGUUUAGCAGCGAUGCAAGUGGCUAGAGGUGGCCGCGUAGUAUCUGAUACCGUUGUAUUCGAGUACAAAGCUGGCCCAGCUCCCGCACCUACGUCUCCGGCAUCGGCGCCGUUACCGUCGCUGGAUUUUAGGCGGUUCUCAUUACUGCAGCGCCUACAACGCCUACAUGGGCGCUUGCAGUUGAAAACAGAGCCUAUGGAUGAUAAUAAUCAGGUUGAAGACGUCCAGUUGUAUACGAACCCAAAAUUUGAAGAUCGUCUGGUCACAUUUUGCCAAUCGUUGAGUAAUAGGUCAGCAGGUACUUCUGAGGGCUUUGCAACCGAACCAAGUGAGGAAGGAUCUACAAUCCUCCACUUGGCGGCAGCUUUGGGUUACACCAAGUUGACCACAGCCCUGCUUCGAUGGCGGCAGGAUGAUAAUAGCUUAGCAUUAGAAAAGGAAGUUAAUUUAGGAGCCAGAGACAGCGACAAUAAUACACCAUUGAUGGUAGCUAGUGCGGCGGGUCAUACAGACACGGCAGUAGUUCUAGCUCGCUGGAGCGCAGGCACAAGGCGUGAAGCCGGCGCACGCGCAGCGGCUGCAGCCGCACAUCGAGCUGGUCAUACCCAACUAGCUGCGUUGCUUGAUAGGAUUCAUCCACCUACGGGAGAUGCGGUUUUUCGGAGACCUUAUAGUUUGUUGCAAAAAGGUCGAACGGGAAGCUUAGAAAGCAAUUUAGUGAAAAGACCUUCAAUUGAUAGCGGCAUCAACAUGGCAGAUGCAUUUCGUUCAAACUCCGCUAUUGAUAGGAAUGACUCUACUUCACUAAGGUGGGAGAGAAGUAUGUCUUUACCCUUAGACUCUGACACUUCUGAAGAUAGUCUCGGAGAUAUGAAGAUAGGCCGUCGCAUGGAUCUAGCCCUCUGGGAGCAGGAUGACAGAGUGUUCACGUUAGCAGAACAGAUAAUAGCCGCAAUGCCCGAAAGAAUAAAGAACGAAAGCUCUACAUUGCUAUCCGGCUGCGAACUGGACCACGGACCUGGCGGCGGUGAUGACGCGCUCAUGGUGCCCCUACUUGAUGACACAACUGCGUUCCACGCCGAGUUCAACUUUGAGUUUUGUGACAACACUUACAGAACAUAUUGUGGCGGAUCCACUCCUUGCUCAUCCGGGUCAGUUUCCCCUGGAUCAGCAUUAUCUCCACCCCCAGCCUCACCUUUAUCAGCUCUACCCUGUACCCCGUCAGCCACACUGCAGGAGUUUCUGAAUACCACCACACACUUUUCGAGCCUUACUCUCAACGAUCGCGAGCAGCGGGAACUGUACUCAGCAGCCAUAACCAUCCAAAAGGCAUACCGUCAGUACCGCGGACGACAACUGCAGCGCCGAGCAGCAGCUGCCGCCAUCACUAUACAGAACUGCUACCGGCGAUACAAACAGUUCGCUUACCUGAAGCAAAUGCACGCCGCCGCCAUUGUUAUUCAGCGCGGUUACCGCUCACACAGGGAGAGUCGGCAACAGGCCGCCACUGCGACAAUCAAAUUGCAGAGAGAGCGAGCCGCAAGCGCGAGGGCGGACCGGCUGCUGCAGGAUGCCCGCCGAAACUCGUUGCAGCCCAUCACCAGUACACCUCACACGCCUAAUAGGAUCAUUGAUUACUUAGCGCCCGAAUCACCUAUGAACGCCGAUGAUGAUUUACUGAUCGAGCUUUUAUUUAAAAUGUGA